CCCUCGCCCUCGGCUUCUGCCAGUCGCCGCAAGAUGGCGAACACAAUGAGCUGAUCCGCGCUUGUUGCCCCUGAGCCUACUGUGAGGAGGAACGGUUGGCGAGGCCUCACUGAAAGAAGAGCGUUGCACGAGCAGGAGGAGGAAGAGGAGGAAGAGGAGGAGGCGCCCCGACUGUCGGCCGCUCUCCCGCUCGCCGCCGGCCCGGCGCUUGCCCCGCCUGGGUCGGCCCCUCGGCUGCCCGCCCGCUCGCUCGCUCGCUCGCCUCCCCGCUCGCUGCGGGGCCCCGCCCCGGCCCUGCUCCGCCGCCGCCGCCUCCUGCCGCCGCCGCCAUGAAGCUGACCGACGGCGUGCUGCGGAGCUUCCGCGUCGCCAAGGUGUUUCGUGAGAACUCCGACAAGAUCAACUGCUUCGACUUCAGCCCUAACGGCGAGACGGUCAUCUCCAGCAGCGACGACGACUCCAUCGUGCUCUACGAUUGCCAGGAGGGCAAACCAAAGAGAACCCUGUACAGUAAGAAAUAUGGCGUGGACCUCAUCAGAUAUACUCAUGCAGCAAACACAGUCGUUUACAGCUCUAAUAAAAUAGACGAUACUAUUCGUUACCUGUCCUUACACGACAACAAAUACAUCAGAUACUUUCCUGGACAUAGCAAAAGGGUGGUGGCCUUGUCCAUGUCACCUGUGGAUGACACUUUCAUUUCUGGGUCUCUUGAUAAGACCAUUCGACUCUGGGAUCUCCGGUCUCCUAACUGCCAGGGCCUCAUGCAUCUACAGGGCAAGCCAGUUUGUUCUUUUGAUCCAGAAGGGUUAAUUUUUGCUGCCGGUGUCAAUUCUGAAAUGGUCAAACUCUAUGACCUUCGCUCUUUUGAUAAGGGGCCAUUUGCAACAUUUAAGAUGCAGUAUGAUCGGACUUGUGAGUGGACAGGACUUAAGUUCAGCAACGAUGGCAAACUCAUCCUCAUCUCCACCAAUGGCAGCUUCAUUCGUCUCAUUGAUGCAUUCAAGGGAGUGGUGAUGCACACGUUUGGGGGUUAUGCCAACAGCAAAGCUGUCACACUGGAGGCCUCAUUUACUCCGGAUUCCCAGUUUAUUAUGAUCGGUUCAGAGGAUGGCAAGAUCCAUGUCUGGAAUGGAGAGAGUGGUAUAAAAGUAGCUGUGUUGGAUGGCAAACAUACAGGCCCCAUUACCUGUUUGCAGUUCAACCCCAAGUUCAUGACCUUUGCCAGCGCAUGUUCCAACAUGGCCUUCUGGUUGCCCACCAUUGAUGACUGAUCCUGAUGCUGUUUGGCUAUUUCUGUACAGUGAAUGUGUGUUCAGCAGGAAAAAACUCAGAGGGACUGAUCUAAUAUUGGGACUGGAUCAUUUGACUGGGCUGGAGAGCAUCUUUCCACAUGGCCUUCCCAUGGAUGUGCUGUACAUCUGCUCAAAAGAAAAAAAAGUGCUUUGCCAAGCUUCUUCAAAAGGACUCUUGGUGGGGCAGAUUCAAUUGGGACUCAGAUUUUCUAGCUGUCAACUGCACCAAGCCCCUCCAGAGGAUGACCAGACUCAUGAUUAGGGUAUAGUGGGGCCCUUAAGGCGCCUUCAAUUUUGAAUGUAUUUGCUGCUGAGGAGCUGGUGAAGUUAUUAAUUCUGCACAUCCCCUCUCUUACCCCCAUAAAUGCAUGGGAAGCCACAGUUCUGGUUUUGAGAUGCUAGAGCAGCUCAGUGCCCCUUGCCCUCACCCUGCAUGUCUUAUUACUGGGUCUCCCUGUGUCAUUGUGGUAUAAUCCACAACCAUAUGUUACUUAGGUGCCAAACAUUUACAGAAAUAAGUCUUCAUAUAUCUUGGGGUCAGAAAGGGACAGAUACAGAAAGACCUUGUUUGCUAGGAAGAGUCAAGUUAUAGUCAUUUGAGGGUGGGUGACCUAGACAUGCCUCAGGCUCUGGGUUUUAGGUUGGAAAAGACCCAAGAACCUGAAAGGGAGGAAGGGGUAGCAGGUGAGUUCCUAGGACUGGGAGGUAUAGCAGUAGCCUAGUGUGGUCCCUUCUCAUCAAGACAAACCAAUGGUCCUCCUGGGUGCCUACCCAGUGUGGUUGUGUACAAAAGCAAGGGAGUCUAUUUUUGUACAUGAGCUACAUCACACUUUCCUGUGGGGCCAGUAUUGUGGAGUGAGUUUGAGUUGUUUACACUGAUGCCUUCCCUGCCCACCACAAAUUGUGUACAUAGUCUUCUGAUGAUACCAUCCCUUCCCAGCUCUUAACCAUGAGCUGGCUCCAGGCCUGUGUUAUAUGUUAUAUUAGCCUUUUUAUAUAUGAUCUUGGGUUUCUGUUGUUUGUAUUUUAGCAUAGUGUGUACACCUUCAUUUAAAUAUAUCUGUGUAUGUGCAUACAUAUAUAUGUAUACUAGAGGCCCAGUGCAUGACAUUUGUGCACUGGGGUGGUGGGGUCCCUCAGCCCGGCCUGCACCCUCUCGCAGUCCAGGACCCCUUGGGGGGUAUCUGUCUGCCGGCUUAGGCCUGCUCCCUGCACAGAGAGCGGGCCUAAGCCAGCAAGCGGAUAUCCCCCAAGGGGUCCUUAGUGCUGCUACGGAGGUGGGAGAGAGACUCCCGCUGCCGCCGCUAUGCUCACCAGCCGUGAGGCCAGCUUCUUGCUGAGCGGUGCUCCCCCUGUGGGAGUGCACUGACCACCAGGGGGCAGCACUGCUUUGAGCAUCUGCCCCCUGGUGGUCAGUGAGUGUAAUAGCGACUGGUCGUUUCAUUUUUCAGUCGAUUUGCAUAUUAGGGUUUUAUUAUAUAGGAUAGGGUGUAUGUAUGCAUAUAUAUAUAUAAUACUUGUUGUUUCUUGGAGUUUAGCCGAAGAACAGCCUGGGGGAAAGACUGCAUCCUUGCUAAUAGUGUUUGCCACAAGUGUUUGUGAGUCUUCCCUAUUACAUUUUCCCUUAGGAGACUUUACGGAGCAAAGCUCCAAGUGUUUGCUAUUCCCAUGGCAGCUAAUUGAGGGUCUUGGGACGACUCCCUUGUGUUCAUCAAGCCGCACUUUGGGGCCCUCUCUGCAGUAUUAGCCCCCUUUUUUGCCUGGUGAUUCUCUGUCUGCACCUUUAUAUGUGUGACAGUCACUUUUGCAUGCCUCUGUGUCUGGCUUACAGUAUUUGGGGACAGGAUGCUGGAACCACGGCAUUUUCAGUUUGAGGCUUUACCAAUUACACGUCACUCCUGUUUACCUGUUAUGUCUUCUUUCUUGUUUCUGUUCCUUGCCUUCUCUUGGGAGAAGGAGGGGUCCCGAUCAGGGUUGAGAUGAGCUGUGGCUAGCUUAUGGCUUUUCUUCCCCUGCAUGGCCUUCUUAGAGCAGGAUGAAUGGCAUGUUAUUUUACUAAAUUCCCAAACAUUUAAUUAAGCAGGUAACAUACUCCCUGCUCUUCCAGAAACAGACUCAGCAAGGUAAUGAUUUGUCCACAAGGACUUGCCCAAGAGUACAUGUCUGCUAGGGGGAAAGCAAGCCAUUACUGACUCUGUUCAGCAGCAGAAAUAGGCUAUGAAUUGCAAGCAAUUACUAUUUUGUUUUAGCAGUUACUUUUUUUUUUUUUUUUUAAUCUUCACUUGAGGAUAUUUUUUCCAUUGAUAUUUAGAGAGGGAAGGAGGGGUAAACAUCAAUGUGAGAGACACAUGAAAUGGUUGCUUCCUGCACAAGCCCCUGACCAUGGCCAGGGAUCGAACCUGGCGUAGGCUGAUGCUCUAACCACUGAGAACACUGGCCAGGGUGCAAUUUUUGACUUGUUCUCAAACUUAAAGGUCAAGGGGCAUACAUCUUUCUCAAUGUAGACUAGGACCUGCAGCUUCUGUGAUACUCACUUUAUAUAGCUUUGCAAUUUAAUAGUGAAGGAAAUUUUAGAAACCAAAUGAACUGAGCUGUUUACUGCCCACUCCUGACUUUCCCAGGAUAGAAAAUUCAUAGUAGGGAUAACUUCAGAGAGUGCUUGGAACAGGGUUAACAGAAAACCUGCAUAAUUAACAUAUCUGUAACUAGAGCAGCUACCAAGCAUGAUUUUCCUGUCAGCAGGAAAAUGAAUUGUAUUGAGUUGUGUGUCCAAAGCUGAGGUACCAUGUCCUUUGAAAAUAUGCACUCAUGGCCUCUAUAAGGACCUGGCUCCUGAGUUAGGAAGGAAAGGAAAACGACGUAGCUGGAAGUGACUGGAGAUGAUGUGGUGGUGGGAAUAAGGCAGAAUAAAGAGAAUAAAGGCUGUUGGCCAAAGAGGCUGAAGGCUGGGGCUGCAUGGAUGCUCACAGUGGAGCCAGAGGUGCUUGAGUUCUUAGUGAGGAAGGGCUGCUCACCACUUUCAAGUCGGGCCAGAGCCACCGAUUUGUAUGCGACAGUAACAACACUGCAUUGCUCAGCCACCAGCUAGUUGGUUAUUAUUAUUAUUAUUAUUUUUUUUUUU